AUGCGCCGCGUGGUCGUGUCCGGAGACUAUUGCGCCAAGAUCGCGCUUGAUUCAAGCAUUUCCCUCAAGGACUUUUAUUUCUUGAACCCCGUGCUGAAUGAGGGUUGCUCUAAUCUUGAACGUGAGGUAUCCUACUGUGUGGCCGCGGUCGGAGACAUCACCACAUAUCCAGGAUAUGUUAUUGAGAUGCCAUCAACAAGCUUUACAAGGCCCACACCCACAACAACCGGGGUUGUCUUGCCUACAGAGACAUUGAACCCUCACGCCCCCGGGACUCUGGAUAAUUGUACAGAGUACACCAAUUUUGUCGAUCCAGCACCUUAUCUGAAGGAGUUUGGCGUAGUGCCAUGGCCCGAGGAGUUGAAUCUUUGUACAUCAUUUGCCGGAAAAUAUGAUGUCAGUGUUUCUCAGCUUUUGAGCUGGAAUCCUAGUCUUUCGAGCGCGAAAUGCGAGUUUCUGGCAGGCUACAGUUACUGCGUUCGUCGUGCCAAUCCAGUCCCCGGGCAAAACAGUCGACAAAGCCUCAACGGAUCGCUGACAUUCCAAUCAGCAACAGAAACGACGACGAAUGGUGCUACUGAGACAUCGGUGAUAACAAGCUCGACAUCGACAGAGACAGAGACGCAACCCGCUCCGGCACCAAGUCCGACCCAACCGGGGACAAUUUCAUCUUGUGUCAAGUACCACUUUGUGAAGGCAGACGAUGGCGCGUGUGACGGAAUCAUUGCAAUGUACGGGCUCAACAGGGAUGACUUUUUCAAGUGGAACACGCAGGUUGGGGAGUACUGCGAGUUAUUGUGGCUGGACUACUACGUGUGCGUUGGAGUGUGA